AUUGCGUUCUCACCAUUUGUGCUAAUUCAGUCAUAUCAGUGCUAAGAUAGUGAUUCUAUGCCAAUAUAAAAUGAACAGAAAGAUCAACUAUUCGAAAUCAACCAAAAUUUUUCCGAAGAAAGGAACAUCACAUAUUCGAACGAUGAGAAAUGAAAAAUGGAAGGGAACCGCUGAUUUGGACCGCGUUGAAUACGCUGAUAGUAUUGCGAACGAAACUCCCGAGUCACUGGUCCGGGUCGAGUUCGCAUACCAUGAUCUUGAUUUGAUCGAAAACGAAACUCCCCCCACAUUGAUGCAAAAUGAAAUAUUCGCCGAUCAUCGCAUUGACGAAUUCAUACGGGAGAUAAUUUUAAGAGUGAAGGCUAUGGAAAAACAACUAGAAAUAUUGUGUGAAGAAAAGCAAAAAUUGGAAAAGCAACUACAAAUUCUGCAGGAGCGAAUGGAAAGACAUGAAAGCAUCAGGAAUAUAAAAUUGCUUCUUCUGCUAUUACUGUUCGUGGCGGGCUUUGCAGUGGUUCAUACUUAUCCAUGUUUAUUUUGAUUUAGACAACAUUGGAAGUGUUAUAAGAAUUCUAU